CAAGGGAAGAGACAGGUGCUAGCGAAUCCUGGAAUCACUUGGCACAAUAUGACAUCAGGGAUCUGAAGUGUCAUUUCGUCGAAAGCAUUUUUAUUUUCGUACUGUGAAGACGAGCUAUGCCGGAACAGAGCAAUGACUACCGCGUGGUGGUGUUCGGCGCAGGGGGGGUGGGCAAGAGCUCCCUGGUGCUGCGCUUCGUCAAGGGGACCUUCCGCGAGAGCUACAUCCCCACCAUCGAGGACACGUACCGGCAGGUGAUCAGCUGCGACAAGAGCAUCUGCACGCUGCAGAUCACCGACACCACGGGCAGCCACCAGUUCCCCGCCAUGCAGCGCCUCUCCAUCUCCAAGGGCCACGCCUUCAUCCUGGUCUACUCCGUCACCAGCAAGCAGUCGCUGGAGGAGCUCAAGCCCAUCUACGAGCAGAUCGUCCAGAUCAAGGGGGACGUGGAGAGCAUCCCCAUCAUGCUGGUGGGCAACAAGUGCGACGAGACGUCGGGCCGCGAGGUGGAGUCGCCCACGGGCGAGGCCGUGUCCAAGAGGUGGAAGUGCGCCUUCAUGGAGACCUCGGCCAAGACCAACCACAACGUCCAGGAGCUCUUUAAGGAGCUGCUCAACCUGGAGAAGCGGCGGACUGUGAGCCUGCAGAUCGACGGCAAGAAGAACAAGCAGAACAAGGCAGAGAAGCUAAAGGGGAAGUGUGUGGUUAUGUAAGA